UUUUUCAGCACAAUGGUGGUUCGAACUUGUGGUGCGGCUAUGGAUGUUAUUUGUGCAUGCUACGGGGACUACUGCUGUAGCAGCGGAAACACGGACUGCAGCAAUUGCACUGAUUCUCGGGAUCGUCUGCACUGUUGUGUUGACGAUCGUCGUGAUUGUUGGAUUAGUCAUGUGCUGUGUACGCUGCUGCUGUCGAUCAUCUCAAGGUCAAGGUCAAGUUGUUACCACCGGUCAACCGCUUACAGUAAUAACCACUGGUUCAAACACUACCUCCGGUGCAUACAAUGCAGGAUACGUCUACCCGCCUCAGCCUGCUCCAGGUACACACUACACUCAACCUGCAGGGACGGCACAGCCUCCACCAUCUUACCCUCCUGGACCAGUUCCAGCAUAUCCUACAGAAACAGGACAAGCCAAAGUUACGACAGACGGAACAAGCACUUAUGAAUAACCAACAUAACUAACAUAAGAACACUAAAUAAGCCUCUUGAACUUGAAAAGGUCCUAUACAUAUAUAUGUAUAUUUAUAGCGUUAGAACACGUGGUUGUGGUGGUAGUGUUCAGCACAUAUUCACCCAAAAGAAAUGUUAAUACAUGACACUUUUUCGGGA